GGAACACAAGCCUAAAAACUAACCACUGCAUUUCCAACCUCAAAAUAUUUCUUUUACCAAAGAGAGAUGGAAAAGGAUAUCUGUGAUCUUUCUCAAACAUGGGAUGGUGAUAAUGGAAACGCAACUGAGAAAAGGCUCAGGUUAUUUGGCUUUGAGCUAAACCCUUCUAAAGAAAGCUGUGUCAAAGAGUCUGGUGAAGGAGAUGAAAGUGUAAACUCCUCUAACUCAGUCUCAUCAGGAGGAGACAAAACCGUGCAAGAAAAAACCUCUGCCAAAGACCCAGAUGAGAAGAAGUUCGAGUGCCAGUACUGUUUCAAAGAAUUUGCAAAUUCACAAGCAUUAGGAGGGCACCAAAAUGCCCACAAGAAAGAGAGAAUGAAGAAGAAGAGGUUGCAACUUCAAUCCAUAAACCGUUACCUCCAACACCCUUUUCAAACCAGCAAUGGAUUUGCUUACCAAACCUCAGAUAGUCCUUGGUUCUAUGACCCCUCUACCUAUAAUUCUGAGUUCACUCUUUGUGAAGAACCUCAGAUUAGCUUCAAAUCAAAUGUUAUGGAUACCAACUUUUCUUGUGAUCAGAAAUCUAGUUGGUAUUCUGUGGCAUCGCACCCCCCUUCACAACAAGAUACUUGCAUGUUUACUUUCUCCAAUGCAAAUAAUAACUCUCCUUUCAUCUAUAAACCUUGCCACUUCCCUUCUUCAAACCAGAGUCAUAGUAAUGCCCUAGAUCUUCAACUAGGCCUCAACUUGGAGUCAAAUACAACAACUUCUCUAAGGAGGAUGUAAUUUAGUAUAUACAGGACUUGUAGGUUUCAUUAGCAGUUUCUUUGUUUUUCCUUGAAUUAUUUUAAUGCAUCAUUUCUCAAACAUCUGGGAUAAGGAAAUGAGAAAAGGUAAAAAAAAAAAAAAUUACGAUUCAUUAGACUCAGUUUACCUUGCCCCUGCAAAGCCAUUCGUUGAAGAGUCUGUCAAUGACUACCUUUCAGAAUUCAGACAACAUAUAUAGACAAUUCAUACGAUGUAUUUAUCAUAGCUUGUAGCCAUUUGAUAUUACACACACUUCUCUUCAUUCUAAGUACAUAUUAGAUAACCUUCAAUUUCA